AUGGGUGUGGUAAGAGAAAGUGUUACACCCAGUAAGAACAAGUCUUUGGAAAAUGUCACCAGUAGCACAGAAAACAUGUCUAUAAGUGACAAGGAAAACUCUGUGGAGAUGCAUGAAAAGAGGGACAAAAAUAUUACAUAUUUUGGGUUUGAUGAAAGUGAAGGACACAAUCAGGAAAAUAUUUCACCUCACAAAAAAUUUGACAAACAACGUAAAAGGGCUUUAAGGCCCCGUUCUAGGGCUAUUUUGCAAGAAUUAAAUGUUCAAAAACAGCAAUCUGGAAUUCCUAGAUUUAUAAGUGAAAAUGGUAAGAAAAAUAAAAAGACAAAUGUUAACAACAUUUUGAAUGAUAAAGUCACUGAAAGCUUCCCAGAGAAAACUGAUGACUGCAAUUCUGAAAUAGGAAAUGAUAUUAACAAUGCUGUUAUAUCUGAUUGUGCUAACAUCAGCCAAGAAGACUCACAGUCUGUGCAUUUAUUUGAAGAUCUUGAAGUUGUACAUCAUGUGAAACCACCAAGAAAAAGCUAUGUUAAACAAAAGAGGGUUGCAUUCCGACAAAAUUCAGUAUCCAGUGACAGUCAAGACAGUGAUGUCAUUGAUAAUAAUGCAUCUAGUGCAGAGGAGGAUGACUUACAGGACCUUACUUUUAACAUACCCAUGAUGAAGCCUAAGAAAACAAGAAACAAGAAGAAAUCAAAGAAGCUGCUCUCAAAAAAAGAGGAAAAAGAAGUGGAGGCAUGGGCAGCCGGUUUUAACUCAAUGUGUGAAGAUAUUGACGAAUUUGAUUUGGUGGUAGAA